CAGAGAUUGUGUUGAUCGUUUUUGAACACUCGUCAAGAUUUAGAUCAAGAUUCACUUUUUAGUCUUUCUCUCGCUCAUAGAAGAGACGAGAUAGAGAUUCUUUGGAAAGAAGUUAACAUGAAUGAUGAUUGGGAUUGGGAGGGUUUUUAUGAUGAGAUAGAGGAUUUUCUCAAGAUAUUCGGAGAACCAGAGACACCAGCGUUACUAGGAGAUGCAGAAACGACACUUCCGUUGAACAUCAAUCCUCGUCCCGAGCCUGUACCAUCUCAAUUUCAAUACCAACCACCGCCACCACAACUGCCGUUAUCGUCUAGUUUACACGCUAUACAAGAUCUUGAUCAGUCUAGGCAAUUUGGAUACAACGAGCCAAAUGUUUCUUUAUGUGAAACAAGCAACAGAACUGCUCAGUUUCAACGUGGACACUUUCACUAUCAGGAACUAAACACACCAUUUGCAACAGAGAGCUUAAAUUCUUUAUUGGCCUCCACUGAAGCGAACCAGAACUUAUACACAGUGCCACCACAUAAUUUCGGAUAUGGUGAGCCCAUUGGUUCUUUAUAUGAAACUAGUAACAGAACUUAUCAGCUUCAACGUGGACACUCUCACUAUCAGGAACUAUACACACCAUCAGUUGAAUUUCAGACGUUAUUCCCACUGCCACCUCUUAAUAUUAAUUUCAAUGAGCCUGGUGGUGGUGGUUCUUCAAUUGCUGCUGAUUCUAGUCAACAACAAUUCAGCUCAAAUCUACCUAUGUGGCAUGAAAAUCAGUUGAACAUAGGCUCUUUUGACUCUGGACCUUCCUCUUCUACAGUGGUAUCAUCAUCAUCAUCAUCAUCAUCAUCAUCAUCAGAAAACCAACAAGAUCAUCAUGAACAAGUUGUACCACCAAAUGAACUUGAUCCAUUGACCAUCCAGAGAAAUCAAUACCGAGAGGAAGCAAAACAGAGAUAUUUUGAGAAGAAGAGGAGUCGCAAAUUCGUGAAGGCACACCGAUAUGAAAGUCGAGCACAAACAGCUGCGAAGAAAAAACGAAGCAGAGGUAGAUUUGUGAAAAACGAUGACGAAUUCGACAAUGACCCCCCAGCUAUACAGUGAUUGUUCUACUUGUACUUUCGAAACCUUGGUGAAAAAUUUGUAAAUUAUGGGUGUCAUUGUCAAGCUUUGUUUUUUUUUUUUUUUUUUUUUUGUCUCUGAUGGUACCUUCAAUGUCACGGAACAUAGAACUUAUUUACUACUUCUCCACUUAAAAUAACUAAAUUGGC